AUGGAGAUGACUUGCACUGCGGUGGAGACGAUUUGCAACAGUGAACACGGCCCUGAUGAUGUGGCUGGAUUUGCAGAGGCGCUUCCACAGGACAACCCCGCCAACCUCGAUGUUGGCCAAUGUGUGGAUGUGGAAUCAGUCAAGUCACUUGCAGCGAGCGCUGGUGAUGACGGUGCUCUCUCAGUGAACCUAGAUGACAGCAAUGAAGCUUUGGCCGAACCUGGUGUGACAUCAAUGGAGGAGGUUGGAACUGAUGACUCCUCAUCCGACGAGGAAAAGCAACUUUCCUCCAACAGUUUGAUGCAUGCUUUAGCGAGUGGCUUGGAGAUGUAUCCAGCGGAGUGCCAACAUGUCGCUUGGAGGUGA